GGCGGCCGCAGCCGGCCCGGGCUGAGCUCCCCGCUGCGCCCCCGGCGUCCCGCCGCGCCUAGCCCCGCCGGGGGCGCUCCUCGCAGCUCGCGCGCCCUCCUCAACCAUGUCGUCCAUCCUGCCUUUCACUCCCCCGAUCGUGAAGCGCUUGCUGGGCUGGAAAAAGGGCGAGCAGAACGGGCAGGAGGAGAAGUGGUGCGAGAAGGCAGUCAAGAGUUUGGUCAAGAAGCUCAAGAAGACGGGGCAGCUGGACGAGCUGGAGAAAGCCAUCACCACGCAGAACGUCAACACCAAGUGCAUCACCAUCCCCAGGUCCCUGGAUGGCCGGCUGCAGGUGUCCCACCGGAAGGGGCUCCCCCAUGUCAUCUACUGCCGCCUGUGGCGAUGGCCCGACCUGCACAGCCACCACGAGCUGCGGGCCAUGGAGCUGUGUGAGUUCGCCUUCAACAUGAAGAAGGACGAGGUCUGCGUGAAUCCCUACCACUAUCAGAGGGUAGAGACCCCAGUUCUACCGCCUGUGUUGGUGCCCCGCCACACAGAGAUCCCGGCCGAGUUCCCCCCGCUGGACGACUACAGCCAUUCCAUCCCCGAAAACACUAACUUCCCCGCCGGCAUCGAGCCCCAGAGCAAUAUUCCAGAAACCCCACCCCCAGGCUACCUGAGUGAAGAUGGAGAGACCAGUGACCACCAGAUGAACCACAGCAUGGAUGCAGGUUCUCCAAACCUCUCCCCGAAUCCGAUGUCCCCAGCACACAAUAACUUGGACCUGCAGCCUGUCACCUACUGCGAGCCCGCCUUCUGGUGCUCCAUCUCCUACUACGAGCUCAACCAGCGCGUCGGGGAGACAUUCCACGCCUCCCAGCCGUCCAUGACGGUGGAUGGCUUCACCGACCCCUCCAACUCGGAGCGCUUCUGCCUGGGGCUGCUCUCCAACGUCAACCGGAACGCGGCUGUGGAGCUGACGCGGAGGCAUAUCGGGCGGGGCGUGCGGCUGUACUACAUCGGAGGGGAGGUCUUCGCAGAAUGCCUCAGUGACAGCGCCAUCUUUGUGCAGUCUCCCAACUGUAACCAGCGCUAUGGCUGGCACCCAGCCACCGUCUGCAAGAUUCCACCAGGGUGCAACCUGAAGAUCUUCAACAACCAGGAGUUCGCUGCCCUCUUGGCUCAGUCCGUCAACCAGGGCUUCGAGGCUGUGUACCAGCUGACCCGCAUGUGCACCAUUCGCAUGAGCUUCGUCAAAGGCUGGGGAGCCGAGUACAGGAGACAAACUGUGACCAGCACCCCCUGCUGGAUUGAGCUGCACCUGAACGGACCUUUGCAGUGGCUUGACAAGGUCCUCACCCAGAUGGGUUCCCCUAGCAUCCGCUGCUCCAGCGUGUCCUAGGGACACUGCGAGUGAAGAGGGAGGGGAGGGAGGGUGGAUCUGGGGAAGAGGGCCAUAUAGGAGGCGGAGAAAUCAGAACUCAACUCACUGGUGUCAAAGAAGAAAUUUUUCUCCCUCAACUAAAGUGGCAUCAGCCUGUUUUCCAAAACUCGAAAGCAAACCCAGAGGUGGAUUUCUAGGAACAGCUGUCUGCUUAACACGUUGGCCCUUCGGCCCCGCUAUGAAGGGUAAGAAACGGCUUCUGCUCUGGUGGCGUGAGCAGACAGGUAGUGUUUCACCACCUGCCGCUCCCCUGGUCCCCUUCUUUCUUAAAGACAGCAAACUGAGAUGUCACCGCCCAACAGGAAUUGGCCCCCUGGUUAGGACUGGAGUGUGGACUUCGCCUUGGGUGCUCUGGGCAGGGAGAAGCCUGCAGGGGUCUGAGCACACCACGGGCCCAGCCCUCCCCUUCCACUGAAUAUUCCCAAACCCCAGUAGGAGCAGACCGUGUACCUGGGCGCUGAAUUGACUUGCGGCGGGAAAGGGGCUCGUCUGUCUCCACCUCUCUGAGCCUACUGAUGGUGUCCACAAUCGAGCACGUAGGGACCGGUGGCAAGAGGUGGUAAGACACCUCUUCUUUAAAAAUGACCUUAAAUUUGCCCUCAUUUUCAGCAGUUGGCAGGAUCUGUUGAGGCUCAGCGCAUAUGCGGCAUACAGUUUGUAUCAUCCUGUUAAUCUCACAAGAGAUCCGAAUCACAGUGUUCCCAGGAGGUAGCUGUCCGUGAGGUGUGCGAGGGUGUCCCGGUCACCUGUAAGAGCUCGCUCCGCUUUCUCAUGCAUUUGGUUAUAUUGGUUGGUAUAGUCGGUUGCGUUAAUUAAGUGAACUGUAUCGUAUGUUCUUUUAAACAUUUGAUUAAAAAAAAAAAAACCACCCCGGUUGACACACUGACUGGGAAACCAGAGUGGGACCCAGCAACUUCUCUCCCAAAGUGAAGCUUUUUCUAGGUUUUGUUAAGACACCUGCCAGUACUUUUGGAAGCUGAAAUUGACAGAAGCACAUUCAUCAAGAGGAAAAGAUCUCAGACCGACAAAGACAAAUAAAAGGGCUAUUAAAAAAUUAUUUUUACACCUUUGACAACUGCAGAAUUGGUGCAAAGAGGUCUGUCAUCUUUCCCCUGCGGUAUGAGAUUAUCUAGCUCACGGCAGAGGCCCGUCAGUGACAACUCUAGCAGUUAGAAUGCGUAAUAAGUAUUGCUCUUCGUGGCAAUUAGUGAGGAAACUACUAUAGAUUAUUUCAACUGGAAAACAAAGAGCCCCCUUAUACUGACCUUUUGCAGAAUACAGCAGAUGGAAUUGUCACUUGCAAUUGGUACUUUAUUCUUUGCUGCUGUUUUUUGUAUGAAAUGACUUAUCCCAUAUUUUUUGCAUGGUUUUCUACCAGGAAAAAUAAAGGGAUUUCCUAUGGAAGUCCUGUAUUAUUCCAGGUGAAGGGAAGAAAGUUGUGUACUUUUGGCAGGUAUAAACCUCAAAUGUGAUGACAUUUGUGAUGCUGUGUGGAGACGCUGGAUGCUUCCUGGUGCCUUGCUCGCAGGACCCUAGGCCUCAGAAGCUCCAGCCCCAAAGUCCAGGUAGGAGGGCUGCUCACCAUGCCUCCAGAGGACACAGCAGCAGACAGGAGUGCCUUGCCAGACCUGGACUACACACAGGGCUGCAGAGUCCAGAGACACCACACAGCCCCUCACUCCACCUGAGGCCAGAUGCUGUGGGUCUGAAGUUUCUGCCUGGUGUGAAAUGAUCGUGGACUGCUUCUUACAGAUACAAGAAAUCGUCUGAACCUCCUGGAUGUGUUUCUGCUCUCGGUCAGCUCUGAGACCGGUGGUAUGGCUUCUAACUUCAGUUCGGCUGGAGCCGUUGCAGUGCCCCCACUAAAAGCCACGGGGAGCAGUCUCCAGGGGCCCGUGAUCUCCUGUGAGCACUUCCUGCGGCACACAGCUGUCCUCCAGGUACUUGGGAUCUGGCUUCAGGUACAGCCCAAUUUGGGUGAUCUGGUUGGUCACGUCUGGCUGCAUCUGGAUGGCGUCUUAGAACCCACAAUGCUGAAAGCUAAAGAAUCCUUCUAGGAGGCAUGGAGUUUUGUGUUUUUUCCCAAAAGCUACUUACUUGGCCUUUUCUCUUUAUAACUAGACUGCUGAAGGAGGAUGGGUAAGGAAGAAGUGGGGAAGACCACGUUCAGCACCCUUCAAAAGAAAAUUUGGUUGUAUCUAGAGGUUAGGAUCUGGUUUCAUUCCCAUCAUAGAGGCUGCGUAAGUGGCUUUGAGGCAUGUGUAAUAUUAGUGUCCUACAAGUCAUAAAAAGUAGUUCUAAAACCCUAUUGCAUAAAGGCAUUUAUACAUUGAAAGACAGGACAGGUGAAGGGGCAGGAGGAGGGCAGUUCUCGGGGGUGAUGGCAGCUGCUGGAGAGUGCUUCUGGUGUCAUUGUCCGGGCUCCCUGCCAGGCCACCUUCACCUUGCGGCUUGUGGCAAUGCUGACCUGGGUGUAGCUACAGCGCAGGGGCCCUAGACCCUGGCCUCGGCACCUCCCCCGGGAGCCAGCUUCUGUUCCCUUUCCUCUCCUCCCACACCCUCCCCACUCCUAACUUUAUUUAGUACUGGGAGCCUUCCAGCGCAAGUAGGUAGCCGCCCUGGCAGUUCGGGUUACAGGCCUGUGCUGGCACGUCAUCUCUGCUAGCCACCUUCCUGGCAGGCUGCAGACCUGACAUUUUGAGACAAACCCAGAGUCAGGAGCGGGGACUUUGACUCUUAGGAGGAACAGACAGGAGGGCAAGGCUGCUGGCAGACUUUUUCAUUGUCCUUAUGUUGUCUGUGAGGUGUUUUUUUUUUUAAUCGUCCGUGGUGAUUAUUUUUUUAAAUCAUUGUUAACGUAUUGGAAUGAGCUGUAGCACAUAUCUUGUGCUUCAGUUUGUUUUUCUCCAUCUCCCUCUGGCUUCCUGGAGUUUGGACAUAUUCCAGGGCUAAAUGCUUUUACUCAAACCACAGAAAAAAGUGUUCUUGAAGUAAUGUGUGCAUGUCAUGCAUUUGGGGAGAAGGCAGAGAUCUGAUUUCAUUUGCAGCCCCAAGCUGCCAUUUCUGAGGCUCUGAGGACCUCUGCGGGGCCAGAGCUCCCAUUAGGCCACUCUCUGCAGUCUGUAAAAGGAGGGAGGGACAGGAAUUGGCAUGCUGCUCCUACGACUGUUUAUCAAGGGGGUUACCAGUGGCAAGAGGGAGCGUGUUUGGUUCUGAACCCUGUAUCUCACUGUGACUUCAGCUGGCAUUGUUUGGAGUUUUCUCCCUAAAUCUACAUCUUUGCUAGAAGAAAACCUCAACAUAGUCGUGUCACUUUGGUGUGGUACAGGUGUUCCCUUCCAGAACCUUCCUUCAAGUAACAGUCUUGGAGGAGUAUCAGCCACUUCUCAAGUGGGUAGGAAAGCAGAAGAAUGUAUGGAUCAAAACUGAAGAGGCAUCUCUGAUGGGAGAGUCGGGAGAUGACUUGCUAUACAAGCAACCUUUCAGAAACACGGCUAUCACAAAGAAAAACUCAUGUAUUGUGUAAACUGGAUUGAGAAAUUCUCUCAAGUGAUCCUGUAAUUUUUUUUUUUUUAAUGCUGAAGUAAUGUACACUCGAGCAUUCUGGUGUUUUUAUAUUUAUGUAAUAAUUUCUUAAAACCAAGACAGAUAACUAUUUAAUUUUGGAAGAAAGUUGGAAAUGGCUCUCCUCCCGAGGACAGUGGCUUGGGAAGAGACGGGCCGCAGUGCCUCUGGGCUUGGCCCCCAGAGCCACCAACCCAGGCUGGCUCCCUGUGUGGCAGCAUGUGAACACAGGCAGCUAGCUCAGGCAAACGCAGGCCCGUCCACAGGGGCCUCUGAACCCAGCCCCUCCCCCUUCCCAGGGGCGAGAACUGUACAGAGGGCUGGAGCCACCUGCCCCCAAGAAGCCUUCAUUCACCUUCCGUGCUGCUGUUGCAACUAGGCUGUCCUGGGCGGGACUCCUGCUUGGGUGGGGAAGAGAAUGGAGGAUGCUGAUUACCUUCCCUUCUCAGCCAGCCUGACCUUUUAAUACCUUUGUAAAAAGCAUGUAUGUAUUUAUAGUGUUUUAGAUUUUUCUAACUUUUGUAUCUUAAGAGCUGAGCACCUGUUCAAGCAUUGUACCCCUAUUGUUAAAUGUGUCCUCUCUCUCCUCUCUUCCUCCCGUAAGUGCCCUUCUAAUAAAACUUUUCAUGGAAAAGCA